AUGUCCACCCCGCACGUAAUUGCGUCCUCCUCUCCGCACUCAUCCCAGUCGGCUGCCGGAAACGGGAUUGUGGGGAAUCAUUAUCGUGUUGGAAAGAAGAUUGGCGAAGGCUCUUUCGGAGUUGUUUUCGAGGGGACCAACUUGCUCACAAAUGAGCCCGUUGCGAUCAAGUUUGAACCUCGAAAGUCCGAUGCACCUCAAUUACGAGACGAGUACCGGUCUUACCGCACGCUCAAUGGCACCCCUGGUGUUCCCAAGGCGCACUACUUUGGACAAGAGGGCCUCCAUAAUGUUCUGGUUAUUGACCUAUUAGGGCCUAACUUGGAGGACUUGUUUGAUAUGUGUGGACGCAAGUUCACAAUCAAGACCGUCUGCAUGGCUGCUGUACAAAUGAUCACUCGUGUCCAGUCCAUUCAUGACAAGUCUUUAAUAUACCGGGAUAUCAAGCCGGAUAACUUCCUCAUUGGUGUACCCGGCACCAAGAACGCCAAUGUCAUCCAUAUAAUCGACUUCGGUAUGGCGAAGCACUACCGCGACCCCAAAACUAAGCAACAUAUUCCUUACCGCGAACGCAAGUCACUCUCCGGCACUGCACGAUACAUGUCUAUCAAUACCCACCUUGGACGCGAACAGUCGCGGCGUGAUGAUCUAGAGUCUCUCGGUCACGUAUUCAUGUAUUUCCUGCGAGGAGGACUUCCCUGGCAAGGACUUCGUGCUGCUACGAACAAGCAGAAGUACGAGAAGAUCGGCGAGAAAAAGCAGAGUACUCCUAUCGAGGAGCUCUGUGAAGGUUUCCCAGAGCAAUUUGCUAUUUAUAUGAACUAUGUCCGCAAGCUCGGUUUCGAAGAGCAGCCGGACUAUGACUUCCUGCGCGGCCUUUUCCAAAAGGUGCUUAAGACCCUUGGCGAGCAGGACGACGGCGUCUAUGACUGGAUGCUCCUGAAUGGCGGCAAGGGUUGGGAAGCCAGCAGUGUAAGACCUCUUUCGUCCCUUUAUCUUCGUUUGCUGAUUUAA